AUGGCAAGUAGCCGUGCAAAUGAUCCAGCAUGGAAGUACGCAACGGUUAUCCCAGGAAAUCGUUCUGGCACAAAAUGUAUAUUUUGUGAAAGCAUUUUUCAAAGUGGCGGAAUUACAAGAUUGAAGAGUCAUUUAUCAGGUUAUGAUCCACACAAGAGUGUAAAAAAAUGUGAAAAGGUGCUAGCAGAUAUCAAGCAUGAGGUGAUAGCAUGGAUAAAGAAAAAAGAAUGUAUCAAGCAAGAUAAGAAAGUCGUUGAAGAGGACAUUAGACAAGAGCUCCGAAAUGAUUAUCUUGGGAGUAAAAAAAAUUUCUACGAUGACGACGAGAGUGAUGGUGACGAUGGAUAUCAGUAUCCAGCUUACGUGCACCCUGCAGAACAAUAUGAUCCUGGCGUGAAGCUUCCAACUCCCUAUGAGAUUCAGAGUCCUUACCUAGAAAAUGAGUACACAGAUAUGAGAAAGUAUGUGGAUAGUCAUAGAGACAUUUGGAAAAUAUAUGGAUGUAUUAUUAUGUGUGAUGGAUGGACAGGACCUACAAAACUGUCUAUUUUAAAUUUUAUGGUGUACUCGAAAGGUUCAACAGUGUUUUUGAAGUCUGAUGCUUCUCAUAAGAAAAAAACUGCUGAGUACAUAUAUGGUUUGCUUGAUGAGAUUAUCCUAGAUGUUGGACCAGAAAAUGUUGUCCAGAUUGUCAUUGAUAAUGCAUCAGCAUUUAAAAAGGCCGGAAGAGAUUUGGAGGAAAAAUAUCCACUGUAUUGGAUCCCAUGUGCUGCCCACUGCAUUGAUUUGAUAUUUGAAGAUAUCGGGAAGGACGAAGCAGUAGCUAUUGUCAUUAAAAAGGCUCAAAGUGUAACUAAUUACAUCUACAAUCAUGGUUGGGUACUAGCAGAAAUGAGAAGCAUCACCCAUGGAGAUUUGAUUCGACCGGGCAAAACUCGAUUUGUAACAAAUCACAUUGCCAUUGAUAGCAUUUUGAAAAAUAAAGCAGGUUUGAGAACAUUGUUUACAAGUACCGCUUGGACUCAUAAUGCAGCAAGCAGAACUAGAGAAGGCAAGAAGGUAGAAGAUAAUAUUUUUGACAACAGAUUUUGGGAUGGCAUGGAAACAGUCCAUAAAAUUUAUAAACCAUUAUAUGAGAUUCUCCGAAUCAUUGACACGGAAGUUCAACCAACCAUGCCCAUUCUAUAUGAUAUGUUUGAAAGAGUGAAACAACAAAUAUCUCAGAUGAAAGGAAAGCAAUGGGUGCUUAACAUCAUCAAUAACCGAUGGGAGAAAACACUAAGUCAACCAUUACAUGUAGCAGCACAUUUCCUGAACCCAAAUUUUCAAUAUCGAAAUGAGGUUGGCUAUGGUAGUACUUUUUCAAAAGUGAUUGCACAAGUUUUCGAACAAUUUAACAAAAAUAACAUCCACCUUAUGGAUUCUUUGGACACUUAUGUAGAUGAGAGAUGCAAAACAAUCAUUUGGCUCAACCAUGGCGAAACACACAAGAAAUACGAGGAAUUCAGGGUAUUAUCUGAAGAAGUUGUUGGAAACCCAGAAGAUAAUUUAGACAGUGAUGAUGCAUGGGGCGGCAUAGCAACUCCGGAUAGUUCAGAUGAUGAUGAAGAUGGUGGAAGCGGAAAAGGUGGUGGAAAUACUGGCACCGGGUUUGUAUAUGGACAAUCUUCUACAGUAGUGGGACUGGAACCUCAAAUGGAUCCCAAGAAGGCAAGAAUCAAUAUGGCUAUAAUGUUUAUGGCUAUAAUCAAUGCGCGGAAGUUAGUGAUCAGUCAUCCAGUUUCCAUCAUCCUUACUAUCCACUUAUAG